GUGGCGUCACUCCCACCUGUCAGCCAAUCAGAAGCAGCAGCCAGUUCCGCUUUAAAGGCUCCUUCAGGCCGCAGGAGCCGUUUUAAACUUCUGCAGCCUUCUGUCAGGACGUUUGCUUCAAACUCUGCACCAUGACGAAGAAACGACAAACCCAAACUCUGGAUGAUGGCAAGAGCAGGAAAAGGAUCCUGAAGCCGGUCGUGGAGAAGAAGAGACGAGAUCGAAUAAAUCAAAGUCUGGCUGAACUGAGAAGUUUGCUGCUGAAUUCCACAUGUGAUCCGCGACUUCAGAACCCAAAAAUAGAGAAAGCUGAGAUUCUGGAUUUGACUGUGGAAUAUAUUCAGAAGUGGACAGAUGGGAGGAACUUGAGCAAUGGUCAGUCCAGUCCUCCUCCUCUCUUCAGCAUUGAGAGUGCAGGUUUCCAGCAGUGUGUCGCCCAGCUGAGCACCUACAUGCAUCGGAUACCGGCGGCCCAGAGAGCAGGACUCAUGGAGAGGCUCAAACAUCACUGGGACAGCUGGCAGCCCAAACCAGACUUCACCCAGAAAGUGUCCGAGACGCCUGAUGCAACUGAUGCCACCUCUGACGCCAAAGAAGAGUCCCCCAGGUUGCUUUUUCCGUCCCACUCCCCCUUCCAGCCUCACUGCUGCUCCACACCGGCCCACGACUACCUGUCUCCUCCCCCCUCUCCCUGGUUCUCUCCUUCCUCUUUCCCACCCUACGUCGCCUCCCCUCCUUUCCCGUCAUUUGCCUGCCACUUCUUUCCCCCCAGCCUCUCACCUCCGUCCUCCAACACCUCCUUCUUCAGUUUCUCACCCACACUUCCUCACACCAGCCCGCCCGGCCUCCACGUCCCCCCGAACCCCGUCCACAGGGAGGGGUCAGCGCCAAACUCCUCCUCGGCCAUGUGGAGGCCUUGGUUUUGAUCUGGAGCAGAGACUCAGAAAACUGACAGCAGAGACACCUUGUGGGAACAAACCGGAACUGUGGAGAUGGAAGGAAAACCCGUAGUGCCUGGAGUGUACAGUGUAAAUAUGAUUAAAGUUGCCUAUAUUUUGUA